AUUUCGAAUGGGCAGUGAAAUUAAAUCGAUAUAGUCUUAUAGUAAUUGGACUUUGGCCUAACUCCGAACAAACAACAUGGGAAAAACGUAUGCGCAAUGUACAUGUACUUCUCGUCUUCUUAAUGAUGUUAUUCGUUGUUGCAAUUCCUGCAAUACAUUCCAUGAUAAGAAUCCAUUUAGACAUUAUAUUACUGACAGAUAACUUGCAGUUUACUUUACCAGCCCUCACAUGCGUCCUAAAAUUUGCAAUCUUCUGGUGGAAGAGAAAAGCAGUCGCAACAAUAAUAAAUAUGAUCGCUCACGAUUGGUUAAAGGCGAAAACACGACAGAAAAAAACAACUAUGAUCGCAAGAGCGCAAAUUGCGCGCAUUAUCAUAAUAUGUGCGUACAGCUUUAUGGGAAUGACCUGGGUUGUUGUAGUUGUUUUACCCAUAUUUGGCUACUCGGUGAGAUACCUGUCUAAUAUCACUGAUCUGGAGAGACCAUUACCACUUCAGACAUAUUAUAUCUACGACACAACUAAAAGUCCACAAUAUGAACUAACAUUCACUAUUCAAAGUAUUACCAUAUUCCUCAAUACUAUGUGUUAUACAGGCGUUGACAAUUUUCUUAGUCUCUCGGUAUUUCAUAUCUCCGGACAGUUGGACAUUCUGAGAAAUCGUCUUAUGCAUUUACAUAAUGUCGCGAAUUACAAUGACGUUUUAAAGAAUUGUGUGACAGAACACAUCCGGCUAUUUAGAGCUAUUCAUCAUAUUGAAGAUAUAUUCAACAUAAUAUUGAUGGUAUUAUUUUUAUAUUUCGGUAUUCUAUUCGGUUUCUAUGGUUUUUUGAUAAUAAAU